AAGCCAAUCCAAUCCUACUACUAUCCAACAAAGGCCGCUUGCUUCUCCGCCGUCUCCGCUGACACCGGAGCCACUGUAGCUGCGCCACCGUACACCGUACUGCAGUGCGUGCAGGGAAGAGACUUAAUCGCUAAAUCGCAGACACUGCCCAAAAAUCGUACAAGAAAUAUUGCUUCGAACAAAAACAAACCAUGGAAGGUCUUCGAGCUGUGUCUUCGAAGGAGGAGCUAGACGAAAUAGCCUCGAAAACUAGUGAUAAGUUGGUUGUGCUGUACUUCCGUGCGGACUGGGCUCCGCAGUGCAAACAGGUAGAUGACCUGAUGCCCGACCUGGUGAAAGACAAGGAGCUAGAUCGGACGUCUUUCUAUAAGGUGGAUGCAGAGCAGGUGCAAGAACUGAGCCUCAAGUAUGGAGUUGCCUCUGUGCCAUCAUUUGUCAUCUUAAUGAAUGCAGAGCGCAUCGAGAAGGUUGAAGGCGUCAACAUGCCCGAGCUGGUGCGCAAGCUAAAGCUCCUCCAGAGUCGAGUUGACCUGCCUCCACUUGCGUCAAACAAGAAACAGGAGUUGUUGAAGGAGCUACGAGCCAUCACGGGACAAGCACCUUGCAUGCUAAUCAUGGAAGGUACUCCUGACGCACCCACUGGAGCACAAAACACCGAGGCAGUGAGCCUCUUGAAAAAGCUUGGCAUUCAAUACCAUCACUUCAACAUCACGAGCAAUGCUGCUCUGCAUCAGCAACUGCUCGAGUACAUUGCACGCAAGCCUGCAAGUUGCUACCCUUUGCUCUUUGUUGAUAAUGAGUUUGUUGGCGGCAUUGACGAGAUGAGGAAGCUGGCUGAAAGUGGUCGUCUGGCCGAACUCUGCUCGCAGCAAGAUCUGACUCGGAGGCUGGAGCAACUGAUUCGCAAGGCACCAGUCAUGGUGUUCAUGAAGGGGAGCCCCGAAGCUCCUCGUUGUGGUUUCAGCAGGACCCUGAUGGACAUCUUCAAGCGAACCCAGGUUUCCUUCGACAGCUUUGACAUCCUGACGGACGAGGAAGUGCGACAAGGACUGAAGAAGUACUCCAACUGGCCCACAUACCCUCAGGUGUAUGCCAAGGGAUCCCUCGUAGGUGGUCUGGACAUCAUAAAGGAGCUGGACGAGGCUGGCGAGCUGGCUGCUGCUUUGAACCCUUAACUUCAAGAGGUGCUCUUUUUCCAUCCAAAUAAACUUCCCAUAUUCCAUUGUA